AUGGAGUUCCUCGGCACCACGCAGACGGCCGCCUACUGCGGGCCCCGGAAGAGCUGCCUGCUCCCGGAGGUGGCGCCCACCAGCCUGAGCCAGGACAGCUACCAGUCCUAUUACCUGCCGGGGUACCGCUACCUGAACUCCUGGAGACCCAGCUUGUUCUACAAGGUCUCCUCCUUCCGCCCCAAGGACGAGGGGGUGGGGCGCCUGAGCGCCCCGCUGCGCCCCGUCCCCAUCCUGCCCUCGGUGAGGGCGGCCCUGUACGCACGCUACAGCCCCCACGACUGGCACAAGGCAAACGCCGCGCAGAUCAAGGGCUCAGAGGCGUACCGCCACUGGGGGGGCCGGCUGAACGCCGACUCGCUGCGGCUGAUGCAGGACAAGGAGCAGGAGACGCGGCAGCAGCAGGAGGAAUCCAGGAAGAGCCUCGGGCAGCGGCUGGCCGACAUCGAUUUCUGGAGGUCCGAGCUGGCCUACGAGCUCGAGCGGCUCCUGACGGACACCCGUGCGCUCGACACGACCAAGCGGCGCCUGGAGUGUGCUGCGGACGAAGCCCAGGGGCCGCUGCAGGUAGCCCUGGAAUGUCUGUACAACCGCGAGAAACGGAUGGGGAUCGACUUAGUCCAUGACGAUGUGGAGAAGAACCUCAUACAGGAGGUGGAUUUGAUCAAAGCCUGCCAAGAGAAAAUGAGACAAUUUGCAGAGAGGAUAGAACAUCAAAUCAACAUAAACAGAGAUGCGCAGCACGCCCUGGAGCGGGAUCUCGGUGACAAAAACUCAGCCCAUUUCAUUGACGAGAAGUGCUAUAACCUGAGGAACACGUUGGACAGCAUCAACUACUACCACGGAGUAGAAAAAAUUGAUGGAACAGUUUCGGUCCCUGAGACAUGGGCGAAGUUUAGCGACAGCAACAUUCGCUACUCGCAGAACGCGCGGGCCAACACGGCCGCCCUCUGCUCCGAGGCGGACCACACGCUGGAGAUCACGUCCGACGACAUGUGGCGGCAGUGGACCAACACCAACCUGGCUUUUGACGCGCGCAUCUCCGAAAUCGCCGAUGCGAAGAACCAGCUGCAAGCACAGCUGGCCAAGACGCUCCAGGAGAUCUUCCAGACGGAGAACACCAUCAUGCUGCUCGAGCGAGCCAUCCUGGCCAAGGAGUGCCCGCUCAAGCUGGCGCAGACCCGGCUCGAGGCGAGAACCUGGCGCCCCAACAUGGAGCUGUGCCGCGACGUGCCGCAGUUCAAGUUGGUGAACGAGGUCUUCACCAUCGACGACACGCUGCAGACCCUGAAGCUGCGCCUGCGCGAGGCCCAGGACACGCUGCAGCUGCUGAUCCUGCACAAGGCCAAGCUGGAGCACGACCUGCUGGUGAAGGCCAACACCCUCUUCAUCGACAAGGAGAAGUGCCUGGGCCUGCGCAAGACCUUUCCCAGCACCCCACGCCUGGUCGGCUACACCUGA